CCCUCUCUUGCAGUUGCUUCCCUGUCCCAAGACAAUUUUAGGAAUGGCUGUACUCCAUUCUCCAUUAACCCCUUGGUGGAUCCACCCAGCCCUUCCUACUGUGACUCCUCUUUGCUCUGUAACCUCCCCCCAGUCCCUCCAGCAGUGGGAACCAGUUUCCCAGUGAUUCCCAGGGGAAAGGGCUGGCAGAGAGCCUGGAACUGAGACUUGUGUGGAAAGGAGUCACAUCAUUUUCCUUCCAUGGGAAAAUGUCAUCUCUUUGUCGUCUCUUUUAGUGACAUUAAAGCUGUUCCUGGUGGUGGCUUUCUGCAGGGAGAUUCUGUCGAGGUGCAGGCAUCCUCCCUGUCCCUCAGCUGGUUUUGAGCCUCCUGUCCCCACUCUCUGAUGCUGGAGCAAGUGCUGAAGGAUGCAGCCGCAGGCGCCCGGGGCUGUCUCGCUAACAAGGAGAUUCCUCAAAAGCCUGCGGUGGAGACGUAGGAUCUUCAAGCAAAUUCUGGCAGCUGGAUCCCGAUAGCAGAUAAACUCAUUUGACCACCAUGAGUUGGAGUUUCCUGACCCGCCUGUUAGAGGAGAUCCAGAACCACUCAACCUUUGUUGGCAAGAUCUGGCUGACGGUGUUGAUUGUGUUUCGGAUCGUCCUGAUCGCCGUGGGAGGAGAAUCCAUUUAUUACGAUGAGCAGAGCAAGUUUGUGUGCAACACGGAGCAGCCGGGCUGCGAGAACGUCUGCUACGACUCCUUCGCUCCUCUCUCCCACGUCAGGUUCUGGGUGUUCCAGAUCAUCCUGGUGGCCACUCCCUCGGUGCUCUACCUGGGCUAUGCCAUCCACAAAAUCGCCAGGAUGGUGGAGCACAGCGAGGCCAGCAGGAGAGCCAGGAGGAGGAGCCUGCCCAUCCGCUGGAAACAGCACCGGGGCUUGGAGGAAGCUGAGGGUGACCACGAGGAAGAUCCCAUGAUGUACCCGGAGAUCGAGGUGGAGAGCGUCAGGGAGAGCAAGGAGAAGCAGAGCCCGGCCAAAGCCAAGCACGACAGCCGGCGGCAGAUCCGGGAGGACGGGCUCAUGAGGAUUUACGUCCUGCAGCUCCUGGCCAGGGCCCUGUUUGAGGUUGGCUUCCUGGUGGGGCAGUAUUUCCUCUACGGCUUCCAGGUGAGCCCCGUGUUCGUGUGCAGCAGGAAGCCCUGCCCGCACAACGUCGAUUGUUUCAUUUCCAGGCCGACGGAAAAAACCAUUUUCCUGCUGAUAAUGUACGGCGUGAGCUGCAUGUGCCUGCUCCUGAACGUCUGGGAGAUGCUGCACUUGGGCUUCGGCACCAUCCGCGACACCUUGAACGCCAAGAAGAAGGAGAUGGUUGACUCUGGGACCUUUAACUACCCCUUCACCUGGAACACACCCUCAGCUCCCCCGGGCUACAACAUCUCCCUGAAGCCAGAGCAGAUGCAGUGCACGGAGCUGGCCAACGCCAAGAUGGCCUACAGGCAGAACAAAGCCAACAUAGCUCAGGAACAGCAGUAUGGCAGCAACGAGGACAACAUCCCCAGCGACCUGGAGAUCCUGCAGAGGGAAAUCAAAGUGGCUCAGGACCGCCUGGACCUCGCCAUCCAGGCUUACAACAACCAAAACAACCCCAGCAGCUCCAGAGGGAAGAAAUCCAAAGCUGGCUCCAACAAAAGCAGUGCCAGUAGCAAGUCAGGAGAUGGGAAGAACUCGGUCUGGAUUUAAUGUUGGCUCAGUUGAUAUGCUGUGGUUUUUUCUCCCCCUAGUUUAUCAUAACCAGCAGUCCCAUGAAUAAUGGCUUCCAUUAAGGGAAUAUUUGACUCUGCUGAUUUUCAGGGAUACCGUUGGCUCGUGAUUCAGCCCCAGAAAGGGUUUAUACACUGACUCUAGGACUUUAGAACUUUAUUCUUUUGUCUUCCAAGUCAGGAGACAAAUAGGUAUAUUUAAUUCAUUCUCAUUGAACGGUUUAUGCUGUAUGUACAGUAUUAUAGUACAUUUAUUAUGCACAAUUUUUUUUGUAUUUGUACACUGGAUCUGAUGUUACACUUUUUAUAUCAACAAGGACAAAGCAAUGGAUAGCCAUUAGCAUUUUGUUAAUUUUAUUAUUGUUGUCUGCAGUUAUGUCAUUGUUCUUCCUUGUUUUCCAAGUAAAACUUUUUAUAAAACUUUUCUAUGCUGCGUUUCCAAAGUGCCUUGAAUGUGGAGUCUGUGGGCAGCUCAUGGGUGGGGAAAGAUUUGGGAAACCUCUGUCAGUGGUGCUUCUUUACUAAAUUAAUGUGCUGCUUGCAACCUGGAAGUGUCAUCCCAGAAGCUCCUGUGUCCUACAGGCUCUUUCCUCCAUGGAAAAUGAAAUAUAGGAAAAAUAUGUGUGUGUGUAGGGAGCAGGAGUGCCAGCUGUGGGGCAGAGAGGGCUCAGGGCUCCUCAAACACAGCAGAAAGGAGGAGACACUUCAAAUUCCUGCAAAACACCUAGGAAAAAAACUGAAUAAAAAUUCCUGCAAAACAUCCAGGAAAACACUGAAUGGAAAUGUCUGCAUUCAGUAACUCAGCGUGUUCCUGUGAGAGUGAUGGGAAGAGAAAUUUGUGAGGCCUUCUGUUGUGUAACACCCUGUGCCCAAGGGCAGGCAGUGCUACCUUUUGGGGAGGAUUCCUGUGCUUUCCCAAUUAAUGGGGUCAGCUGGAGCCCUGGUGAGUGUGGGAUCCCCUCCCUCUCCUGCAGCAGCACACACGGCUCCUCUCAGAAUAUCAAUGAUUCUGCCUUAUUCCAGACCCCUCUUCCUUCCCUUCUGUCCAAGUUUUGUUCAGACACAGCAAUAUGUAUAAUUUAGCUUUCUGCUUGACAGACCAGCCCGACCUGGCAUUCUGUGGGUUUGGCAUUCAACUUGAAUUUACAAUUAGCAGAAGGGGAGUGAGGGACUGAUGCCUUUGGCUCUGUCUUUCUGGCAGGGAGCCGGCUCUGCUGGGAGAGACACUGAUAAAUGUCUCUGCUUUCUGCUGCUAUUUAUAAGGGAUUCAGGACCUUGCUCUGCUCCCUGUUUUUUUUCAGGUUUCCAUGCAUUUUAAUAUCUUUUAGGGGCCUGUUUCAAGCAGGAUUGUUCUCUUUCAAGGCUACCUCUGUCCCUCCUCAGAUCUGGGUCAGGAGCAGGAUUCAUCCCAGAAGGAUUGGGGUGGGAAGGGACCUUAAAGAGCCUCUCAUUCCACCCCUGCCAUGGGCAAGGAGCCCUUUCACUAUCCCAGGGUGCUCCAAGAAAUGUCCAGCCUGGCUUUGGACACUUCAGGGAUGCAGGAACAGCCACAGCUGCUCUGGGCAGCCUGGGAGCACUGAGGGAUGAGGACACAGAUGAAUCCCUGCCCUCUCCCUGUCCCUCAGAACAUCCAGGGGCAAUGCCCACAUUAAAUUCACUCCAAGGGGACAUCAGCAUGUCCUUGCUGUCCCCUCUGCCCGAACACCUCCUGUAAAUGGGUGUUGUGCUGACUUGUUUUGCUCUGUUUUCCCUCUGGGACAGCAGGCAGGCCUGGCAUGGAUCCAGACUAUCCCUGAGCAACCCUGCUGUGCCCAGAGCCAGCACAGCCCCUGUGGGCGCCCCUCUGGAGCUGGGGGCACCCUGAGAAGGGAAUUGCCCCCCUGGCCUCUGGCACUGCCCCCUGGCUGCUCCGGGGCUGGAGCAGAGCCAGGGUGGCGGCUCCAAGGAAGUGUGAGUGCCCCAGGCCGUGUGUGGCAAGCGGAUGUGGGCAGGGCUGGCCCGCUGAGCUGUGUGGGCCAGGGCAGCUCUGCUGUUGUGUUUUGUGUUCCUCUGAUUGAACUGGCCUGGAGAAAGCCACAGUGGUGGGCAGGGGCUGUGAGUGUGGCUGGGGAGCUGGGUGGAAACCAGGUCUGAAAAUAUGAGGGAGAGACCUGGAGCCUGGAGGGAAGCAGGGCUGGAGGCCACAGGGCGCUCAUCACCCCCAGCACUCCAGUUCCUCUCUUCAGUGUCCCUAACUCUGUUCAGUGCCCCAAAAAGGUGACAUUUAACCCCAUGUGCUGCUUUGGGAGCAGCCCUUCCCUAGUGAGAGCAGGGGAAAUCCUCACUGCUCUCUUUGGUGUCCCAAAAAUGUGAUGUUUAACCCCAUGUGUUUUGGGAACAGCCCUUCCCCAGUGAGAGCAGGGAAAAUUCUCACUGCUCUCUUCCCAAACUCUAGCAAAUUCUGUCAAGGACUUAAAGCAGGCUCCCACCUGCUUUUGUGUUAUUUUGUGUGAAGUCCUGUGGGCUUCUGCCCACCCAGUGAAUCCCUGUUAAUGAGCAGAGUGUCCAAAAUAUUCCAACCCCAGUGCUGGAUUCAUUCUGAAAAUCCCAACUAAUGGAGUUGUUUCUGUUGCUGCUUUUUAUUUUCACUUUCAUUGUGUACAAAGUGCACAUUUGGGUUGGAGCUGAGCGUGUGUUGCUGGUUGUGGGGUCUGUCCCAGCUCUGUUCUGGCUGUGGCUGGUUUUGGAAUAUCAGACUUUGUUUUUCCUUUUGAAAAAAAAACCCUAAUAAUUUAAUUUAAAAUGCUCUUGCUUUGGCUUAAUUGAAAUAAACAUCCAGGAGAGACUUUGGGACAAAAAAAUGCUGGAUGGAAUUUGGAUUUGUGGUGACAUUUAAAAAAAUUGUAUUAAAUCCAGUGGAUUACUCCA